UGGGGAAAACUUGGAUCAGCUCUGAAGAUACUAACUUUCCAGUUUUCAGAGGUAAAACAAGCAAUUUUUUCGACUAGAAGUGAUGUAUUUUUACUAGCUGGCAAGGAUGAAGAUGGGGGAAGGAAGGAAGAUCAAUUGAUUGGACUAUCUGAGGAGCCAUCUCUCCCUGAUGGGACUUGCCCACCUCACUUGCGCCAGCGGAAGAGACCUGCUACAGAUCCCCUUGGGCAGGUUCAAAGAAAAGAGCCUUUCCAGCUGUGACCACUCUACCAUUGAAGGUUCAUCAAAAUGGAAAAGUGGAGUUUAUUGUACUUACUACUUCUACACACAACAAUCAUAUGCUCCCUCGACUCGACUGUAGGAAGUUGUUUCCAAGAGCAGCUGAGACUCCAGGCCCAAGUGAGACUUCUGGAACACAGUGUGAAGCAACAACAGGCAAGAAUUGUGAACCUCUUAAUGGAGAGAGAUAUACAGAGCAGAGAUAAAGAAGGUGAAAACAGUGUCAUCAACCUGGGAGAAGAAACAAAGUACAAAGAUUGUGCUGAGAUCUAUCUUGCUGGUCAUACACAAAGUGGAUUUUACAAGGUGAAACCUCUGAAGAGCCCCAGUGAAUUCUUUGCCUAUUGUGAUAUGACAGAAGGAGGUGGGUGGACAGUCUUUCAGAGACGGUCAGAUGGGAGUCAAAAUUUUAAUAGAAAUUGGACUGAAUAUGAGCAGGGUUUUGGAGAUUUUACUUCAGCAAAUGGUGAAUUCUGGCUUGGGAAUAAAAACCUUCAUUAUCUGACUUCUCAGGGGAAUUAUACCUUGAGGAUCGAUUUGUCUGAUUUUAUGGAUGAGCAGCGCUUUGCACAGUAUGAAAAGUUUCGAGUUGCAGAUGAGCAGAAUUCCUACAAGAUGAAUUGUGGGCAAUAUUCUGGAACAGCUGGUGACUCUCUCACUGGGGGGUUUCACCCUGAAGUUAAAUGGUGGGCAAAUCACCAAGGGAUGAAAUUCAGCACCAAAGACAGAGAUAAUGACAAUUAUGAAAAGAAUUGUGCUGAAGAAGAUCAAGCUGGUUGGUGGUUUAACAGAUGUCAUACUGCCAACCUGAAUGGCCUGUACUAUAAUGGACCCUAUUCAGCAAGAUCAGACAAUGGAAUUGUCUGGUACACAUGGCGUGGCUGGUGGUAUUCCUUGAAGUCUGUUGUCAUGAAAGUCAGGCCGUCAAACUUUAGUCCCAGUGCUUCUAAUCAGCUUCAAAGGAGGGAACAUCAAGAAAUGCCAAGACUGUAAAUCAGAAGUUAGAAAGGGCUUCUGAGAAGAAGGGAACUCUGGGAGAUUUUUUGAGCGCAACCAAGGUUAGCCAAAUGCUGCCACCGCCUAACCAGGUUUCAUUUUUUUUAAUCUAAAAUUUUAUUUGAAUGAGUUCCAUUUCCGGUCAUUUCAUGGGCAUAUUCAUCCACUAUUUACCUUUCAGUAAAUCCAAACUAGGAUACCUAUAUUCAUCCCAUUGAUUUUCACAAGCUUAAAUGUGCUUAAUGCUUUUAUGUAUUUUUAUUGAUAAGAAAAUAAAUGGCAUGGAAAUACGUAUAAACAAUUUGAGCUCUUUAAUUCCAGAGUCAUUUGCUAAAAAACAUAUUUCAGGUCCUAUUCCAUAAUAGCUCCAUUACUAGAAGAUUGAAGACUUAAGAGCAUUAAUUCUACCAUGUUUUUAAUUUGACCCUCUUCAUAAGCAGAAUACAAUCUAAAAUAUACACCGGAUGAAGUUAAAUCUUUCCGAUAUUUUAUAUUGAUGACCUACAGAUCUGUAAAAAAAAAAAGCCUCUUUUCAGAUUUUCUGAAUGUUUGUCCAUCUUUUCUGUUACAUAUUAUUAGAGCAGACCUUAAUGUGGGUCCUUGACAUCCACCAAGACAUAUAAAGAGAGUCUGAAUAGACAAAUAAUACUAACAUUUAAUGUUGCUUUUAUUUUAUAGACAAAAUCACCCAACAUUCAAAGUGCCAGAGUGAAAAAAUGAUCUCUCCAGUUUAGUUAAAGGCAUAUUUAGGUCUAUCUGUAUGAGAACAGAGAUUCAACAGGCAUGUCAUGCCCCAUUCAGAAGAAAUGUCUGAAAAUUUCUAUAAAACAUAGUUAAAACCUAUUAAUCUGGAAGAGAUUACAUAAAUUCUGUUAAAGCUUUAGGGAUCCAUAGUCCAAGCAUUGGAGAAUGUUUGGGACAAUGAAUCCUUUCAAGGAUGAUUAUCUUCUCAAAGUCAUCCCAUCAUUAUUGCUUAUGAAAUGCAUUAAAGAAGCCCCCAACUUUGUUGUUACUUAUUCACUUUAUAUAUAUUGAAGCAUUAUAAAUAUUAUGAAAUGUGGAAAAUGGUUUUUUACAGAGCUAUAUAUGUUUUAGUUUUAUCACACAUAGUUUCCUAUGCCACUACGUGUAGUUAGUCAUGCUGCACUUAUGUGGAUAGAAGACUGAGUAAGACUGAAUUUCAGAAGAAAUGAAGAGUGGGUAGAACUAAUACUCACAUCUAAUUAGGAGAAUCCAAUGCAGUGUCAUUUGUUUCAGCCUGCAAUUUAUUUUUUGAUGUGACUUGUAAUCAUUGAAGAAGAGGGACAUUGCAGUGAGGAUAUUUUCUAAAUAAAGUUUAAUAAAGGAGCAUUGCUUUUCCAAUCUAUAACUUCACAAAAACUGCUGCAAAUGAAAUCAGAAUAAUACCUUCUAUUAUUUCAAUAUGACAUACCUACUAAUUGGCUGAUACUCAUGACAUCAUUGAUAAUGAAUCACAAUUUAUUUGCUAUUGCUGUCUUUUUUAAAAACCAAAUUAUUGCUUAGGAAUCAGUGACAAUUAAAGAAAAAUAUGAAAAAAUACAGGCCACUUAGAAAAAGGACAGUGUAGUUCUAAUAAGACAAAACCUAUUUUGGAUUAGUAUAUUCACUGUUAAAUUAUGUCAGUAUGAUUCUAGACCUAUUUAAAGUUUAAUUUCAAAUAUGUAUUUUUAAUAUUUUUAAAAGCAUCACAGAAAACAUUUUUUUAACAAAUGCCAUAAUAGAAAUGAAAUGGAAAAAUGUAGAAAAUCAGUAACUAUUUUUAAAAAAAUUUCAUCUGUUUCUUGUUUCAUACCAUUGAAAUAAAGAUUACUUUAUUUUAGGUCCAUUCUAUUAUAUGAUAUAUUGACUGGGUAUUGACUUUGCAGAUAAAUAAAGUCAUAUCAUUCAUAACAUUACUUUAGCGACCAAAGUGACUUGUAUCAUAAAAUUCUUAUAAUAGCCCCAUACAGGAAAAGCAAUGUUGUCAUCCUUAUAUUGCAGGUAAAGUAAUGCAAGUGGUCAGCAGUACUUGUAGUAUGCUAUGAUGAGGUCAAUAAGAUAUUGGUUAGUCAAUUAAUCAAAUCAAUACAUGAGCAUCAUACAUUAGAAUACAAUAAAAUGAGACAAGAUACAGUGAAGUGAAAUAAAAGAGCUAUGGUGAGAUUAAAUAGAAUAAAACAUAGCAGGUAAGAUAAAGAUAAAUGAAUAAGACAAAAUAGAAGAAGGGAGGAGGAGGAGGAGGAGAAUUUAUGAAGUUGAUUAACUGUAUCAAAUAAAUAAAACUGAUUCAAAAAUGCCAAUAUAUACAAAGAAAAAAAAUCAUAAUAGAACUUUAGCCCUGCAUUUAACCUCAAUCUGAUCAAGAUAUUCUGUCCUGUUUGAGAUGGCAUUUGAAAAUGAAAAGUGUAAUCUUAUUGUUGAUAUGGAGUUUUGUUUCCUGCAAUAAGUAAGAUUGUUUCUCCUGGGUGUUUCAAUAUUUUUUUUAAUUUUUUAAAAUAAAGGCUAAAUUAGCAGCCCUUUCUAGAGACAGAAUUUGCAGUCAACAAGAA